AGAGACAGACUGAGUAAGAAAGAGAGACGAGAGGUCUUUCUCUGACCUAGAAAACUGAGGUUCAGAUGUGAUAAAGAUCAGUAAAAGGGGGGCUGGUGGCCAAACAGAUCAAUAAGGGGCACAUGUUUAACCCGUGGCUGGAGAAGGGAUGAUGGUUGAGCCAUGGAGCGCAGCAGGAACACAGAAAGCAGGGCAAAGUCGGCCAGAGGUAACGCAGGACAGAGGUCUUAAACACACACUCACAUGCAGCUGGCAGACUCCGGACAGAACACAUAUGGUCGAUCCUGGUCCUCAGAAGGAACAAUGUGGAGGGUCUGAUUCUCAGAGGAGGUGUUUGUGAAAGGGUCGCGGGGGGGUACAGGAGCCUAUCCCAGCAGAAAUCGGGCAGAAGGCAGGAUACACCCUGGACAGACAUCAAAUCAGGAUUCAUAAAUUAUAACCUAAUAGUCCUGAAAGCAUAGUAACCAUGGCAACCAACAACACAGGCAGCAGUGCAGUGCAUCGCAACCUUGGCAAGACAUCCUUUAGCAGGCCGUCUCCCACAGAGAAUGGCUCUACCAGACAUGAUUCCAGUCACACAGAAUUUCAUUCAGAAGACAUGGUGCAAUGGGCAAGACAUGUGGAGAGGAUAAAGGCAGAGGUCAUUGAACUAGUGAAGGUUCAGAUGAGCGAGAUAUUGGACAAAGCACUAACAGACUCACUGAAGUCCCUCUCCCAAAGCACACACUCAGAUGCAGUUGGGAAUACACACUCACACACUGAUGAGAAAGCUAGGAGACAUAGAAUGGAGGAUGGGAAGGUAUUUGUGGUCAGACAGUCCAUACUUGAUGAACUGUUUGAGAUCAGUCACAUCAGGACCAUCUAUCACAUGUUUAUCGCAGCUCUCUUCCUCUUCAUCAUCAGCACUCUGGCAGUGGAUUACAUUGACCAGGGAAGACUGGUUCUAGAUUUCGACUUGUUCUUCUAUGCCUUUGGCCAGUUGGGAACUGUCAUAUGGGCCUGGCUCAUCAUGUUCAGCUACAGCUUGCUUGGACCGUACCAUGUUCUUAGUCAGUGGGCAGACCUGUACCAUCAUUGCCAGUGGAAGAUGUCAGUGUCAGUGGCCACAGCUGUGACCCUGUUGGUGGCUCAGAUGGGCAUUUUGGGUUAUUUCCCUGUGUACGUGGUCCUGCACUACCAGCUGCCCCCAGCAUCACGUUUCAUCGUCGUCCUAGAGCAGAUCCGAUUCCUAAUGAAGAGCUACUCCUUUAUCCGGGAAACAGUUGCGGCCGUACUCAGAGCCAAACCAGUAAAAGGUGAAGCUUGCAGAUUCCCUACUCUUUCCAGCUACCUGUACUUCUUGUUUUGCCCAACUCUGAUUUACAGGGAGACAUACCCUCGAAACCCCUACAUAAGAUGGAACUAUGUGUGGAGGAACUUUGCAAAGAUUUUGGGCAGUCUGUUUUACCUGUACUUCAUCUUGGUGCGUCUGUGUAUCCCUGUGCUUAUGAAUGAGAGCAACAGGCCAUUCAGUACACGCACUCUGAUCCUGGCUAUAUUCCACGCCACCUUACCAGGAAUGCUGAUGCUGUUACUGGGCUUCUUUGCGUUUCUGCACUGCUGGCUCAAUGCCUUUGCAGAGAUGCUGCGCUUUGCUGACCGGAUGUUCUACAAAGACUGGUGGAAUUCUACCUCUUUUGCUAACUACUACCGUACCUGGAACAUUGUGGUGCAUGACUGGCUUUAUUAUUACGCCUACCGAGAUUUCCUCUGGCUAUCAGGUCACCGUCUCCGUCCAGUGGCCACUCUGUCCGUGUUUGCAGUUUCAGCUGUUGUUCACGAGUAUACUUUCACCAUGGGCUUCGGCUUCUUCUACCCUGUGAUGUUUUGUCUUUUUGCAGUGAUCGGAGCGGUCUUCAACUUCACUCUGAGUGACAAGCGCAAAGGCCCUGCAUGGAACAUCAUCAUGUGGACGUGUUUGUUCAUCGGUCAAGGUGUGCAGGUGUGCCUGUACUGCCUGGAGUGGUAUGCCCAGGUGCACUGUCCACGUACUGGGACUGGUUUCUGGGAGUUGGUGACCCCAAGAUCUUGGACAUGUAAAAUAUAAGUGAUGACAUUAUUGUUCAUGAAUUCUGUUUUACUCAAAUGUCACAUGGUACAACUGACAAUAAAGGACUGAUUAUUUGGCCAUGCUUUUAAGAAAGAGUGGACAGGGCACUGCAUAAAGAAGACCCAAAGUCAGACAUACUGAAAAACUGUUAUUUCUCAGUCAUGGUUAGGCUGGUUAAGUUUGUCAGUGGGUGGUGUGACCCCAGGAAAACCAAGAAUGUGUACUAUUUUAUAUAUAUUAUAUAUAAAUAAAAUGUUUACUUUACUGAAAAAACAAAAUACGUAUAAUCUUGAGUCCAAGAACAAAAACUAGUUUACACACGUUUUCAGAGUUGUAAAUUAAAAAUGUCAUAUUUUUCAUUGUGAAUUAAAGAGCAGUUGCGGCACCUGACUUUUUCUGGGAGGUAAAAUUGAUUAUACUGUUCAAAAAUCAAUUUUUACCUUUAUAAAAGCUAUGAAACAAAUUCCAAUGCAUUAAAUAGACUUUUGCAGAUAAAAAUCAUAUUUUUAAAUACAUUUUUGUAUAUUAUUUUGAAAGCCUUAUUUGUCACUGAAUCUAAUGAGACUGAAAGCAACAAUACACAUUGAACUGUAUACUUAAUCAGUGCUAUGGGGAUUUUGAAAUUUUCAGCUUGUUUAUGUAGUGUCUAACUUUCUUAAAAAUGGUUUCUUUUUUUGUUUAUUGACAUGUUUCUUUAAUUUACAAUAUGUAAUUACUGUAAUUGUGAAGUGAGUGGGAGAUGUUGCUCACCCUUGUUGUAUUCCCUUUGUACUGUUGUAAAUAUAUGUGUGCUCUAUGCAGUUAUGUGUGGCAUAGAUCAUUUUUCAUCAGAUCGCCUCUGUCUAUGAAACACUGGUCUUGUGCUCCAGUUGUUCUAUAAAAGAGAGCACACAAAUUGUUCGCUGAAGUGUACAACAGGGUGAUUCAAAAGUCACAGGACAGGUUUUAUUUUAUUUUUUAUUUUGUUAUCGACUUUUAGCUCUGGGGUCAUCUCAAACAAAUUGUGUAUGCUGAGAAAAUAUGCAACACACACCACUUUCAGCACCACAUCGUGGAGGCUUGAGAUAGCAUAAAAAAAAAAGUAAAAAGGUGUCCUGUGACUUUUGACUCGCACUGUAUAUUACACUUAUAUAAAAUUGUGUAUUAUUUUUACAUUUCUGCAAGAAACGUCCUGCCAGUAAAUGUGCUGUUACAUUAUUAAUGGCUUCAGUAUCUCUCAGCACAAGCACAGGCUGUGGGCCACAUUUACAGCAGGACUGAACCCUUUAAAAAAGCCCUUUUAAUUCCUAACCUGGCCUGCAGGUUGAGUAGGGCCUUGAUGUGUCCAUGGUUCAUGUCGAUUUCUAAUAGGUGGGGCACGAGGCAAACGAGCUGAGCUGGGAUUACAGGUGCUUUGCUAGCAAGACACCAAGCCUGUGACACAGCAAAUAGCAGUUUGUGUUUGGCCUUUCUAUUAACAACAGAUUGCAUCUAAAAGCAUAAUUAUAAUUUUUAGUAUAGUAUUUAGAGUUCUAUGGAUUGUGAGUCAGGGACGGGGAGGGGCUAUGAAAAAGUUGCUUUAGGAAUCUGCUUUAAGCUGCUGGUAAAAAAAAAGUGGUCAGUAUAUUUGUCAGUGAAAGUUAAUGAUGAUGUAAUGAUUCUAGUUUAUUUUAGCCUCUUAAUGCUCUACUUAACAUAUAGAUAUGCUUUCCAUACACCUUUAAAUCCUGUGUUUCCUGUAAACACAGUAAAGGUGAGUACCUGGAUGAGUGUCUGUAAUGUAGGCGAGACAGAGGUGAAGGGUGACAGGCAGAGCUGGGUGGUGAAGUUUGCAGCCUCUGGAUCAAACUGAGGUUCAGUCUUAUGGAUGUCAAACACAGUAAAGGCAGUGAUUCGUCACUCUGGCAUGGGUACAGGGCUGCCAGAUGCAACCUAUAAUCUACGCUCAUCUGUCAGGGGCAUCAACACGUACACAAAACAUUCAACUAAUUUCAUUUUAAUACCUCUUGCACACUAGAAAAUUCAUAAUGCUACUUAUGUACAGGGCUCAAGUAUCUCUCCAUAACCAGUAUAUAAAAAGUAUAUCAUCUGGGCAAUGUAUCUUCUGCGUCUCUGGUUAACGCACCUUGCUCGGUACUCCAUUCACCAAUCACUGCACGCUGAAAAUCUCCUAUUCUAUGUAGAAAACAGUGCAGGUCUUUGAUGGCCUUUCCAUUUUUCAUGUCUAGGACCAGUAAAAGUUGGGCAUCCAGUGUCCUUCUGUGUAACAAUUUACAACAGGGAUGUCAAACCCCAUCACUGAAAAUGCCAUAUUAAAAAAUCUCAACAAAUUUGUGGGCCAGCUACAUUUUUUUUAUUUUUACUUAACAUUUUGCCACGACCCCAAUUGGCCAUUGAUGAUAACUGUAUUGGCAUAAUGAGAACUGUAGUGCAGUUCAUGGGGGAAAAGGGCCAAUAUUAAUAGAUUUUUAGAUCAGGACCGUUCAGUUCGCUCAGUGAGGCAACAAACAUCAACACUUCAUUUUUAACCUCACAUUUUUCCUUUUAAAAUGUUUUGAAAAUUUCUAAAGUAUACAGUGCAUAUGUAACAAAAUGUAGUUUGUUAUGAAAUAGUUUAUUUAUUUAUUUUUUUUAAAGUAUCUCCCUUUUUUUUUAAGCCUAAUCAUUACACUUUCACCCCAGUACAAAAAGUAUGGGCAUUUAUAGGCAUUAAAUGCUUCAAAUGUCUGGUUCAUAACACCAGCGCUCCAAAUCCACAAACUUUUGAUACACCUUUUCAGUUUGACUAUUUACAGUCAAACUGUGUAGUUAGACAAUGCUGUCAUUCACAGUCUCUGGUGAGCCACUGCAACUGUCUUUCUCUUCUCGGCCACAGUCUGAAAAACCUUCACGCUGGCCAGUAGCUGCCCAUGCCUCCACCGCUUGUCCAGAUCCAGUAGAAAUGGCGGGGAAUCCUCAUCAUCAUGCGACGCACCCAGGCCUCAGCCUGUCCCUGCUUGUAGACCAGCGGCCUAACGGAUUGGGCUACUUCUUAGUACAUUAGCUACUGGCAGGAGCGUUGCUAGGCCAGUUUUAGGGGGGCUUCAAACAUCACUAUGAACAUGCCACCUAAACUAGGAAACACAUAAGUGCAACUACAGUAUAAAAUCACUAUCUGUUUGCACAAACUGAGACUGUACCAAUCUAUAAUCUCUGUAUUGAAUAACAGAUCUAGGAGCUGCAGAGAGAGGAGACAGCACUGCUUGACUUUAAUAUCUUUGUGUGAUUUGUACCUGUUGCUAUAGUAAGCUAUUCAACUAUUCAAAUAUAUUCAAUAAUUCUUGAUCAAUUUUCCACCUAUUGCUAUUCUAAAAGUAAAUGAACAGACAUUUUGGUGAACAUGCCCUCAGACCCCCUUAGUAAAGGCUUCCAUAAAUCUCUAAUGUUGCCUGGCUAAUCCAAAUCUAAUUCAUCAACAGAGAUUUGAUUUUGAUCAUUUCAGAUUAAAGUUGUAUUUAAACAGAAACAGUCAGUUGUGUAAAAUAUGAUAUUGGAGUAGGCUUGCAGUCUAACCUCUAAUGUUGUGCCACCUUAAAACAUGGAUUCAGAACACAGAGCAGCGAGUGAAGGAUGGACACCAGUAAACGCUACGAGGACAAAGUUAGCUAGACUGGUGACCUAAUCGCAUUUAAGACAAUUUACAUACAAUGUAAAUAACAAUAAAAAAAAAGCUUUGUUUUUUGUUUUCAGAACACACAUUGAAAUGUAUUAAACACCCUGAAUGAUUCAAAGAGCCCCUGAGCAUUUAAUACUCUUGUAAGUUAAUACAAUAUUUCUUUGGGA